AAAGAAAGAUAGAGAGCAGUUUAUUUCUGUGCGAUUCACGUGGCAUAGACGAGUUCGUCCAUUUUGAGUUGUACGUUUCGUUCUCGAUUCUGUUCGGCUCGGCAUGGGUAUCGACAUAAAUCAUAAAUACGACCGUAAGGUGAGGAGGACGAAACCCAAGUCGGAAGACGUCUACCUGGCACUGCUCGUCAAAUUGUAUAGAUUUCUUGCACGAAGGACUCAUGCCAAGUUCAACAGAGUUGUUCUUAAAAGGCUCUUCAUGUCGAGAGUCAAUCGGCCUCCUAUCUCUCUAUCUAGAGUUGCAAGGUUCAUGAAGAAGCCUGGCCGUGCUGAUAAAAUUGCUGUCGUCGUUGGUACUGUGGUCGACGACCCAAGGCUCACCAAUCUUCCUAAGCUGAAGAUCUGUGCCUUGCGUAUGACGGAGGCAGCUAGGAACAGGGUCUUCAAAAACCAAGGGACUUUCGUGUCUUUUGAUGAGCUGGCGAGGAUGUGCCCGACAGGCAAGAACACCGUCCUCAUGCAAGGGAAGAGGAAUGCUCGGGAGGCUGUCAAACAUUUUGGACCUGCUCCUGGUGCCCCUCGCUCGCACACGAAGCCGUACAUCCAAUCUAAGGGAAGGAAGUACGAGAGGGCCAGAGGCCGCAGGAGCUCUUGCGGAUACAAGAAAUAGACUUUGUAUAUUUAAAUAUACUCAUUUUUUCUUUUACAAAUUU